CAGAUUUGGGACCCGCAUUUCCAGGGGCACCACUGAAGACUGACUUCGGAAGAGAGGUCCAGAAGACACAAAGACAGGCUGUCCCAGCUGAAUGCCAUUUUCCUGGAACAGAAGAAAAUGAUCCAGACCCAGGACUGUUAUUACAGGAAUCCCUGACACUGGAGGAUGUGGCUGUGGACUUCACUCGGGAGGAGUGGCAGCUCCUAGGCCCUGCUCAGAAGGACCUGUACCGGGAUGUGAUGUUGGAGAACUACAGCAACCUGGUGGCAGUGGGGUAUCAAGCCAGUAAACCAGAUGCACUCUUCAAGUUGGGACAAGGACAACCACCGUGGACAGUAAAAGAUGGAAUCCACAGUGGCGCAGAAAUCUGGAAAUUUGAUGAUCAGUUGUUGGAGCACUUACAGUGUGAAAACCUGGUAAACAGAAGGAAACCAUGCCAUGAAAAUGAUGCAUUUGAAAAUAUUCUUCAUUGGAGCAAAAGUCAGUUUCUGUUAGGGCAAAAUCACGAUAUAUUUGACUUAGAUAGAAAAAGUUCGAAAUCAAAUUUAACUUUAGUUAACCAGAACAAACGCUAUGAAAUAAAGAACCCUGCUGAGUUUACAGGAAAUGGGGACUCCUUUCUUCGUGCCAACCAUGAACGAUUUCAUACUGCAAUUAAAUUUCCUGCAAGUCAAAAAUCCAUCAGCACUAAGUCCCAAUUCAUCAAUCCCAAGCAUCAGAAAACUCGAAAAUUAGAGAAGCAUCAUGUAUGCAGUGAAUGUGGGAAGGCCUUCGUCAAGAAGUCUUGGCUCACUGAUCACCAGGUAAUGCACACAGGAGAGAAACCCCACAGAUGUAAUCUAUGUGAGAAAGCCUUCUCCAGAAAGUUCAUGCUCACGGAACAUCAGAGAACUCAUACAGGAGAAAAACCGUAUGAAUGCCCUGAAUGUGGCAAAGCCUUUCUCAAGAAGUCACGGCUCAACAUACAUCAGAAAACACAUACAGGAGAGAAACCCUACAUAUGCAGUGAAUGUGGGAAAGGCUUCAUCCAGAAAGGAAAUCUCAUUGUACACCAGCGAAUUCACACAGGUGAGAAACCUUAUAUAUGCAAUGAAUGUGGAAAAGGCUUCAUUCAGAAGACUUGCCUCAUAGCACAUCAGAGAUUUCACACAGGAAAGACGCCCUUUGUGUGCAGUGAAUGUGGAAAAUCCUGUUCUCAGAAGUCAGGUCUCAUUAAACAUCAAAGAAUUCACACAGGAGAGAAACCCUUUGAAUGCAGCGAAUGUGGGAAAGCCUUCAGCACAAAGCAAAAGCUCAUUGUCCAUCAAAGGACUCAUACAGGAGAGAGACCUUAUGGCUGUAAUGAGUGUGGGAAAGCUUUUGCUUAUAUGUCGUGCCUGGUUAAGCAUAAGAGAAUACACACAAGGGAGAAACAAGAGGCAGCCACGGUGGAAAAUCCUCCUGCAGAGAGGCACAGCUUAUUACACACCAGUGAUGUCAUGCAGGAGAAAAGCUCUGCUAGCAUGGUGACUACACAGCUGCCUUCCAUGGCCCCUCAGACAUCAUUCAACAUCAGUGGCCUCCUAGCAAACAGGAACGUAGUCCUUGUGGGACAGCCAGUGGUCAGAUGUGCAGCCUCAGGAGAUAACAGAGGAUUUGCACAGGACAGGAACCUUGUGAAUGCAGUGAAUGUGGUCAUGCCUUCCGUGAUCAAUUAUGUCUUAUUUUAUGUUACAGAAAACUCAUAGGAAGAAAGCCCAGCUCUAUGUGGAAAAGGGUUGAUCACAAAUUUGUAGUUCAUUAUGUGGCUUAAAAGUAUACACUGAGAGAAAGUGUGUAAGGCUGAAAAAAACUGAUAAACUCAUCCUAUUUAAAAUAUGCUGUGAUACAAAGGCAAAAUCUAAUGUACCCUAUGCACAUACACAGCAGUUGCUCUACUGUGUCAAUUAAAUGAAUGAAGGAAGCCAGGUACUUUUAAGUGGAGGAAAUGAAGUACUGCAAAUUUUUCAAACAGAUGAGAUCAUCAGUAUCUGGAGUGUUGCAGUGACUGAAAAGCCCCAAAAGGGGCAGUUGAUGGGAAAGGGCUAAUACUGGAUUGGUGGGAUGUGGGACAUGUAUGUGUCAACUGAGUUUCCUUAGAUCAGUUUGAAGGAUUCAUUGAAAACCAGGACCAUAAACUUUCAAAACUUUAUAUUAUGCAGAGGAAUCUCUGAAACACUAGUUAAUUUGUUUCAUUAAACAAAUAUUUAAAAAUUA